AAUCGACAUCCACUUGUAGUGCGUCCAUCCAUUGGAUUUCCCUUCAGCCCGAAUUUGUGAUGGAACUUCAUUCCCGCUUCCACCUCCGGUCGGUUCUUUGACAGACAGGAAAAAAAAAAGAAGAAAACCCCGAAAACGACAAAAAGACUACGGCGGAUUCAAGCGUUCUGCAUUGAAAAGAAUCUCUGGAGGAAGAUACAGUUCUUUCCGUGGCAACUGCACAGCCGUUGGACAUAGGUAUCGGGAGGUACUCGCUCUACCGUUUUUCUUGCCAGCCGUUCGUCAAUGUCCCGGUGAGCUGGCGGUUCAGACGCGCACGCCAUGAAGGAAUUUCUCGACUCGGACAGGCUCAACUUUCUGGUCUGGAGAUAUUUGCUUGAAGGAAAUUAUCGAGAAACCGCUGCCAAGUUCCAAAAGGAAUGGCGCGUUAAAGAACCGCAUCGACAGUUUGAUUUUGCACCUCACGUCCAAAAUCAUGCUCUUGUUUCCAUCGUGAACCGGGGGCUUGUUUACUGCGCCUUGGAGAGGGAAUUCGCCGAGUCACAGGUGCCUCAAAAUGCGUCGGGAGAACCCCGGGAGGCGCCGCAUGGUGUUUUUGGACCCUUGAUUGUACAACCACCAGCGCCAUUAAAAGUGCAGAAGACGACCACGUCAGCCCCGGAUGCUGCAGCAGAAGCAGGCGGCACAGCGAAGGCGCCACCAGUGGCAGCAAACGCAAACGUAGCUGACAACACUGAUGCUGAUGCCGACGCCGACGCUGACGCCGAUGGGGACGCGGAUCUGGAUGCAGAAGGGGACGUCGAUCCUGAUGCUGAUGCGACAGGAGAAGAGGACGACAUUCUUCCUACAGUCGAGGGAGAAAACAAUCGGAAGCGACAACUGCAAGCGGCCAACGGCUCGCCGAUGAAGCGUGCUCGGCUUGGAAAUGGCUAUGAAAAUGGACUAGAGACUGGACCGACGCCCAUGGAGAUCGACGAGGCCGACAGUGGCAACAACAACCACGCCUACCCGUCACCACUGGAAGUCGACCAGAUUGCCACGCCUCCUCCACGGACUUUUGGGCCUGAGCAAGGCACUCAGGUUGACAAGGUUGAUGAGCUGACCCCCGAAACCAUUUUUCUAAGCACGUCUCCCGAGGAUGCAUCGACAAACGCGGGCUCUGGUGCUGUGCCACCUGCAACGCCGCCAACAGAAAACACACCGUCCCGGAGUCAACCCAACCCUAUCCUUCUGCAUUGCGAGUGGAGCCCCAUUGACCCAUCAGUCUUGGCGGCUGCUGGAACCGAUGCGCUAGCCCGCAUCUGGACUGUUUCGCGUCCCACCCAGUCUGGGCUCGCGCCUGGACAUGUGGCAGAUCACGUGAGCAGCGUCUUCGGCAAUUUAACCGAGGAUGAUGCCGCACCCGACGCUGUUAUAACUGCUAUGGCAUGGAACUGGGACGGCAGCGCCCUCGCCCUUGCUACAGAUUCUGGGAACAAGGCACGGAUUAGCAUAUGGGCUGCCGAUGGCACACAUCUGCAGCGCUUCGAUGUCGCCGAACCGCCCAUCAUCAAGCUGAAAUGGCAUCCCAACAACACUUGUGUUCUUGCUGUAGCGCCCGACACCGAAGGAACUCUUGUUACGGUCUUUGAGACGCAGGUGUCGCAUACGGUGUCAUACAGCCUACCAAGUCAUGACCUUGACGCAAACCCACUCGACGCUGCAUGGAUUAGCGAUACCGAGUUUUUACUAUGCGGAGGAAGGCUGCUAGAGUCUUUCAAAUACACCGAGACUGAGAUCACGCCGGCGAGAAAAUUCCCGACAAGGGAAAGCGAUAUCUUUACCCAGGCUCAGUUUGACUGGCGGUCCAAAUUGGUGGCAACUGCCAGCGAGACGGGUGUGAUAGAUCUCUGGGAUGAGUCUGGUCAGCGUCGUUCUAUUCCCGCACACUCAGGGCCCAUAACAUCACUAUCAUGGCAACCGUUGCAAGGCAACCCAUUAGACGAGGAGAGGCUACUUGCUUCAGGCGGCGAGGAUGGAAUCAUCUCGGUCUGGAAUGCGCGAGUGCCUGAAAACAAGCCGAAGUGGUCGAUGACUAUGGAGCCGCCCAUCGUGGCGUUGUCGUUUACGCCCGAUGGUGCCUUUAUCGCUGGAGCGACUACGGAUAGGAUACUCAUAUGGAAAGUGGGAGAAUAUUCGAUCCCCAGAGCGAGUUGGAGCAGAACGUCUCAUCCGGGUUGGUCCAACUCCAAACCUGUCAACGGUUCUCCAGCCAGUAUCGAGGAUACCCAUUGCUUGUGCUGGGAUGCCAGCGGCCAAAAAUUGGCCUAUGGUACCAACAGCUUAAUCGCUGUGAUCAAUUUUAGGUGACAGGGAAAACCCGUAUCCACAGGAAUUUAGGCCGUCAGAGGCGAUUUUCAUUUGUAUGGACACUUUUUUUUUUUUUAGAACUAAGUUGUAAAGCAUCUUCAUCUUGUCUUUACUGGGCGAGGUGUGCCUGGCGCGUCACAGGCAAUUGGUGUUUGAUUGAGUGGGCUACAUCGUAUAGUUGGGAUGGCUGGGAUAUACGGAGUUGUAGGCGCUGUAUUGGGUUCUCGUUCGUUUCUCGGUAUUUACACCGGGAAAGCCUUUCUAAAAUAGCCAUGGUAUAUUAUAUACAGAACAGGAGCAUGGUCGAAUAGUUGAUCCAUGUCUCUUGGCCGGCAGGUCUUGAGAUAUACGUCAAUGUGUAUACGUACCUAUACAGUGCCCACAUACACAGAGCUCUUGGUACAUACA